AAAGAAGAAUUAGAAACAAGUAAUAAAAGACAUGAAGAAACGAAAGUACCGCCCGUUUCCUUCUUACAAUUAUUCAAAUAUGCUAAACCAAAAGACAAGGUAUAUAUGGGCAUCGGUUUUAUAGGAGCACUGGUAGCCAGCAUGUCAUGGCCUUCGCUCAACAUAUUGUUUGGAUCCAUUGUCGAUGUCUUUGUGAACUACGAGAGUGGCAAACGUCAGACAAACAAUACAAAUGCCAUCACAGCUGAUGAAUUCAUGAAUGAAAUAUAUACCCUGAGCACUAUUCAAUUCGGUGCAUGGAUUCUCAUAACUCUGGCCAACUUUAUUGUCAUGACUUUAUUUCCUUUGGCAGCUUUAAAUCAAAUCCAUACCAUUAAGAUUAAAUACUUUCAAUCUGUUCUCAAACAAGAGAUUUCAUGGUUUGAUUCAAAAUCUUCAGGAGAUUUUGCUUCCAGAGUCUCAGCAGAUCUCAAGCGUGUUGAGGACGGACUCAACGAGAAGUUAGGUCUAGCCAUACAGACAGUCGGAGCCGUUGUUUUAAACCUGAUAUUUGCCUUCUCUUACGGAUGGAAACUAACUCUCGUUGUGUUAGCCAUCGCUCCGUUCACUGCAGUGGCCACUGGUGUCAUGAAUAAGGUUCAGGCAUCGUUUGCUCGCAAAGAGAUGGAUUCGUACGCAUCGGCCGGUAAUAUGGCCGAAGAGGUCAUAUCCAGCGUACGUACUGUUUAUGCAUUCGGCGGAGAAGCCAAAGAAGUGGACAGAUAUGAGACUAAUUUAGUGCCGGCGAUGAGGAGUGGAAUCAAAAGGAAUUUUAUUACAGGAUUGGGAAAUGGAGUCCUCUAUUCCACUCUAUAUUUAGGGAUGGCUUUAGGAAUUUGGUUUGGAGUCAAACUCAUCAUUGAAUCAAUGGAUGAAAACUCAAAUGAAUAUACCAUUGGAAAGGUUACAAUCAUAUUUUGGUCGGUAUUAAGUGCUGGAUAUAAUAUAGGAGCUGCUGCCCCACAUUUUGAGGCGAUCAAUAUGGCGAGGGGAACGGCUGCUAUGAUUUUUGAUAUCAUAGAAAGGAAACCAAAAAUAGAUAUCUCUUCAGAAAUUGGAAAAAUACCUCAAAGUUUGACAGCAGAUAUAGAAUUCAAAGACAUUAACUUCAGUUAUCCAAUGAGACAAGAAGUACCUAUUUUAGAGACAUUUAACUUGAAAAUAAAAGCCGGAGAGACGGUAGCUCUGGUCGGGCCUUCUGGAUGUGGAAAGUCUACACUCAUUCAACUGAUUCAAAGAUUUUAUGAUCCAUUAUCUGGGAGUAUACUCAUUGACGGACAUGAUAUUAAAGAUUUAAAUCUUGGUUGGCUUAGAGAGCAGAUCGGUGUUGUGGGUCAGGAGCCGGUCCUCUUUGACACAUCCAUUAAGGAGAAUAUUAGUUUGGGUUCACACACGGGAAAUGUCACUCAAAAAGAUAUAGAAGUAGCAGCUAUUGAGUCAAAUGCUCACGAAUUUAUCAGUAAAUUACCGGAUAAUUACUCGACAUAUGUUGGCGAUAGAGGCGCACAGCUAUCGGGCGGUCAGAAGCAGAGGAUUGCAAUCGCCAGGGCUUUGAUUAAUAGACCGAAGAUAUUAUUGUUAGACGAGGCCACCUCUGCCCUCGAUAUGCAGUCCGAGGCAUUGGUUCAGACAGCGCUGGAUAAGGCCUCGAAGGGAAGGACUACUAUAAUAGUUGCCCACAGAUUGUCUACUAUUGUUAACUCAGACCGAAUCAUAUUUAUAGAAAAUGGUCGGGUUUCAGAAAUGGGAACUCAUAGAGAAUUGAUGGAUCAAAAAGGAUUGUAUUUCAAUUUAGUAAUCACUCAACAAAUGAGUAAAAAUCAUAGAAUUGAAAACAUAAAACAACACCAUUUGGAUGAUGUAGACCUCGAUCCCAUGUCUUAUAAGAGGACCAUAAGUGUAAUGAGCAGUUCCGCCAAUUCUGCACUCAAUAGUAUAGUUAACGAUAAUAAAGAAUCAGAAGAAGAAGGAAUUAAGGAUUUUCCUCAAACAAGACUAUUGAAAAUGCUUGCAGUCGACAAAUAUUACAUAUUUUGUGGCCUCAUUUGUUCAGUACUCUAUGGACUCGUUGUUCCCCUCUAUUCCUAUUUAUUCGGUCUAUUAGUUGCAGUGUUUGCUGAAGAGACAAAUGUGGACACCAUUUGGGAUAAAUCUAUUAGUUAUGCCCUCUAUUAUGUUGCUAUUGCUGUCGGCGUUGGCAUUGUUUCGGUCACUCAAAUAACAAUGUUAGGCAUUGCGGGGGAGAGACUGACAAUGAGGUUAAGAAAGAUGGCAUUUGCGGCUAUUUUGAGACAAGAGAUCGGAUGGUUUGACAAAAUCGAGAACAGCACCGGAUCUCUAUGUGCAAGACUUUCGUCAGAUGCGGCCAAUGUUCAGGGUGCAUCCGGUUCCCGAAUGGCUAUUAUAUGUCAGGCGUUCACCACAUUUGUCACGUCAGCCAUUGUGGCCUUUAUUAUCAAUUGGAGGCUAAGUCUCGUUACCUCGGCGUUCAUCCCUUUCAUAGUAAUUGGCGGCGCUUUUGCCGCUUCCGUCGAUAACAAUGAAAUGAAGAGUAAUAAAGAGGCGAACGAGAAGUCAUCGAAGAUUGCAUUGGAAGCCAUCGGAAGUAUCCGUACGGUUGCGUCACUCCAUCAGGAAAUCUAUUUCUUCUCAAAAUAUUCAGAAAUUCUUGAAAACAAAUUGAAGACAUCUAAACGGAAGUAUUAUUUACGAGGAGUUCUGCUGUCAAACGCAUUGAGUAUUUUAUUAUUAGCCUAUUCUGUGGUCUUCAUAUACGGAGGAAUAUUAGUGACAAAAGAUCUCAUAAAAUCUGGAGAAUUCUUUAUUGUAAUCGAGACCCUUAUAUACGGCGCCUCAUCUGUUGGUCAGAGCACAGUCUUCGCGUCCGACUACCAGAAGGCAAAGUCUGCGGCCAUUAAUAUGUUUAAAUUGAUUGACAGAAAACCAUUGAGUGCUACAAACAGUUUACUCGUUACCGAAAAACCAGACAAAUGUGACGGAAAUAUCACAUUCAGGGGCUGUUUCUUCAAUUAUCCCAAUAGACCCGACGCUCAGAUUCUGAAUGGACUGUCAUUUAAAGUAAGCAAAGGGGAAACGGUAGCACUUGUCGGGUCAAGUGGUUGCGGAAAAUCCACAACAAUUCAAUUAUUGGAAAAGUUUUAUGAUUUAGAUCAUGGAAAGAUUUUUAUGGACGGAAAGAAUAUAAAUUCAUUGGACACCCAAUGGAUGCGCUCACAAAUGGCACUCGUAUCACAAGAACCAAAUCUAUUCAGUUAUAGUAUUCGUGAAAACAUCGCUUACGGCGAUAACUCACGUGUUUUGCCGAUGGAUGAGAUAGUGUCGGCCGCACAGAAGGCCAACAUUCAUAACUUCAUUAAAGACUUACCCAACGGUUACGACACAAUAUGUGGGUCAAAGGGCGCACAGCUCUCGGGUGGACAAAAGCAAAGGAUAGCAAUCGCGAGGGCUUUGGUCAGAAAUCCACAGAUAUUACUAUUAGAUGAGGCGACCUCUGCUUUAGACACCGCAUCUGAAAAAUUAGUUCAGGACGCUUUGGAUGAGGCCUCGAAGGGAAGGACAUGUCUAGUGAUAGCACACAGACUGACAACCAUUCAAAACGCCAACAGAAUUGUUGUCAUUCAAAAGGGUCUUACCGUUGAGGAGGGAUUACAUGAAGAAUUAAUUGAUAAAAAGGGAUUUUAUCAUGAAUUAUAUAAAACUCAACCACAAUAUUUGUCAUUUAAAGCAAAAGAGUUGAAUGAGAAAAAGAUAUUUUUGUUCACUGUUCUGUUGGUUGUGAUUAAUGCUAACGAAUCGCAAAAUGAAAACUUUGUGGAGAUUUCAAACGACAGUGACUUAGAAACAGACGCUUCGGACUUAUCAGUGGCUGAGACUAAAGUGGUUGCGGGAGGAAAGGGAGCCGCAGUUGUGGCCAAAGCCGCCGGCAAGAAGGGCGGAGCGGCUGCUGUUAAAGCCGGCAAAAAGGCUGGAGUGGCGGCCGGAGCCAAAGGUUUCAAAAAGGGAGCAUUUGCUGCGGGAAAGGCUGCCGGUGCGGCUGGAUUUAAGAAAGGCAAAAAGGGUGGCGCUUUCGGUGCCGCCGGCAAGAAGUUCAAGAAGUUUGGCAAAAAGGGAGCAUUUGGUAAAGUAGGCGCCGCCGGGUUUAACAAGAAGUUUGGAGCCAUUAAGACAUUCGGAAUGAAACAGGGAUUCAAAUUCGGGAAAGUCGGCGGAAAAUUCGCGGCGGGAGGGGUGGCCGGAGCUGCAGGCAAAAAGGGAGCCAAGUUUGGAGCUGCCGGUGCGGCCGGUUUCAAAAAGGGAGCUAAAGCCGGUAAGAAGGGAGCGGCGGCUGCCGGUGGAGCCAAAGGUGUUAAGAAAGGAUUCGCUGCGGGAAAGGUCGCCGGGAAGAAAGGAGGAGCCGUUGGCGCUAAAGCUGUGGCCAAAAAGGCAUUUGCAAAGGCCGGCAAAGGAAUCGGACGUUAA